AUAAAAAGAAUAUAACGUAACAUGUAAAAGAUAUCAUUUAAUAAAUUAAUAUUUUCAUUAUGCGCCAUUACAUUAUUUUUAUAUAUUAUUAGGCGAUUAGCCUUUGUAACUGUAACAUUAAAAAGAUUUGGUUCUAAAAAAUGUCGACUGAGAAGGUACUUUACCAAUUGUAUCAACCUCAUGGGUCUGGUACUGUAUUUAUUUCAUGGCGCCCUGGUAAUAGUACUCAUUUAGCGACUACUGGUUGUGAUUCCUCAGUUGCCAUUUUUGAUAGACAAGGUGAUUUACAAGAACGUAUUCAAAUUGCUGGCUUAUGCACUGGUUUUGGCUGGGAUUCUGAUGGAGAUUUAUUAGCUGUUAUAUCACAAAAUUCUUCUGCUAUCACAUUAUGGGAUGCAACAACUGGGAAAAAGACACAAAUAGAUGCUGGUGUAAGGGAUGGAUUGACAUGUAUGAUAUGGGCAAAAAGGACUUGCUUAUUAGCUGUAGGAACACAAAAAGGAAAUUUAAUACUUUAUGACCAUAUAAAUGCCAAGCGAAUACCAGUUUUGGGAAAGCACAAAAGAAGAAUAACUUGCGGUGCUUGGUCUUAUGAAGGCCUCCUUGCAUUAGCCAGUGAAGAUAAGAUUUUAACUAUCAAUACAAGUGGUGGAGAUACAAAACGCGAAAUAUCUCUUCAAGGUGAUGCAUCCGAUAUUCAAUUUAAUGAGAUGAAAAUGGAUCACAGAGUUGGGGGUGAAAAUACAGUGUCCCUUAUUAUCAAUAAAACUGUUUUAUUUCUAUACAAUAUAUUGGAUCCAGAAAAUCCUAUUGAAUUAGCUUUUCAAAAGCGUUAUGGUCAUAUUGUUACUUAUAAAUGGUAUGGGGAUGGAUACAUCUUGGUCGGUUUUCAAACUGGCUAUUUUACUGCAAUAUCCACACAUAUUAAAGAAGUCGGCCAAGAACUAUUUCAAGUUAAGAAUCAUAAAGAUAUUUUGACUGAUUUGGCCAUAAGUCAAGUGAUAGGAAAAAUUGCUACAUGUGGUGAUAAUACUAUAAAAAUACAUAGUCUUCAGAAUUUGGAAGAAACUGAAAAAUUGAUUACAGUAAGCGGUGAAAUUGGGAUUAGUACAGUAGAAUGGUCAAUGGAUGGUACAAUGAUAGCAACUGUGACUUAUAGUGGCAAUGUUUUAGUUUAUUUAAUACAAAUUCCUAAAUUAUCUAGUGUUUGUGGGAAUAGAAUUGCAUUACUUACUAGUUUAACAGAAGUAGCCGUGCAUCUAUAUACAUUAGAUAAGGAAAAGUCAGACCCAAUAAUAAUUAACACUAUAAUAGAACCAUCUGUAUUAACAGUAGGUCCGAUGCAUGCAGCAGUAGGGUUAAAUAACAGAGCAUUGUUCUGGGAUAUAUCUGAAAAUCACUAUAAUACUACAGUACACUUUGAAAGAGAUUACCUUGCAACGAUAGAUAAUAUACGAUUGAAUGAAACUUAUGCAUCUGUUUUAUUUGAUGGCAAAUUACAGUUGCACUCGAUCAAAAUGGAUGAAACAUUGAUAAAGGAGGGAAAAGAUACAAAAAUGUUUCCAGGCUUAAAUGCCUCAGACUUUAAAAUAACGUGCCAUGCUCUUAGUACUGAUUUUUUAAUUUAUGGUAGUGAUAUGGGACACAUAAUAUAUUUUUGUCUAGAAGUUUUUAACCAAUGUAUCGAACAUGUACAUAAUAAUGGUAUAAAGGAAAUCUAUUUAGAUACAAAUGGAACACAGUUGUGCUUUAUUGAUAAUAAGUUUGAUACUUAUAUGUACAAUCCUGUGCAAGAAACUAUUUUACAAAUUCCUGAUUGUCUGGACUGCAUUCAAGGUAUAAUUUGGGAUCAAAAUAUUUUGGAACGUAAUAUAUUUGCUAUUUACAAUAAAAAUGUCAUUAGUACGUACAUAUUUGUAAAAUAUUUUAUUGAAGGUACAAAAAUUAUAAAAAUAAAUACAACAAAACUGCCAUCUGAAACAUUACCGCUAUUGAUGUAUUCUGGAGAGUUGACAUUAAGUUCAACAAGUAACAAAUUAAUGCAGAUUACGUUAUCAUCUCAUGAAGAUAUAGGAAAUACUGUAGAAAACAUAAAAAUAAAAGAGGUAUUAGAAAAUCAAAUUCUUUGCAGAAGAUUUCAACAGGCAUGGAAUACUUGUGAGAAAAUUAACGAGAAGGAAUCGUGGUUAAAAUUAGGAGAAAGUGCAAUUGCAAAUUUAAAUAUAGAUUUCGCAAUUCGAAUAUAUCGUUACUUAGAAGAUGCUGCAAUGGUUUGGGCAUUACAAAACAUGGAAACUAUAGAUGAAUUACCAUUGUUAUGUGGACAUGCAUGUAUCUUACUUGGUAAUUACAAUCAAGCAGAACAAUUUUUUUUACAAUCAUCAGAACCUGUACAAGCCUUAUAUCUAAGAAGAGAUUUAAUGCAGUGGGAACAAGCAUUGAACUUGGCUCAAAAAUUGAAAGCUGAUGAGAUUCCUUAUAUUGCUAGAGAAUAUGCUCAACAAUUAGAGUUUACGGGUAACUAUCCAAAAGCAUUAACAAAUUACGAACGUGGAUUAGUAGACUCAAAUAAUAUAUCUAAUGCAACCAUGCAUAAUCCACUCCACAAAAAUCUGUGCCUCGCUGGGAUUGCAAGAAUGUCAAUUAGAUGUGGGGAUAGUAGAAGAGGUGUGAGUUUAGCUAUGGAUAAUGAAAGUUCAAGACAGCUAAGAAAAGAGUGUGCAGAAAUAUUAGAAUCAAUGAAGCAAUUUAACGAGGCCGCAUUAUUAUAUGAAAAAGCUGAAUAUUUUGAUAAAGCAGCUUCUGCAUAUAUAAAAUUAAAAAAUUGGCAAAAAGUAGGACAACUUUUACCACAAAUUUCAUCUGCAAAAAUUAAUAUACAGUAUGCUAAAGCCAAAGAAUUCGAAGGCAAAUAUGAAGAAGCAGCAAAGGCAUAUGAAACUGCAAAAGAUUACGAAAAUAUAAUUAGGAUUAACUUAGAUUACUUAAAUAAUCCUGCUCGAAGUGUUGAAGUGGUACAACAAACCAAGAGUAUAGAGGGUGCUAAGAUGGUCGCGAAGUAUUUUCAGAAAAUGAAUGACUAUAAUUCAGCGAUCAAAUUUUUAAUUCUGUCAAAUUGUCAUGAAGAAGCUUUUCAAUUAGCUAAUCAACAUGGAAAAAUGGAAUUGUAUGGAGAAAUCUUAAUAAAUACGAUUGAUGAUAAUAAUGCGCGGAGAGAAGAUUUCAAAAGUCUUGCUCUACAUUUUGAAUCUCAGAAAAAUAAUUUUUUGGCUGGGAAAUAUCACUUCUAUGCUAAAGAAUAUCAAAAAGCAUUACGACAUUUAUUAAAAGCUGCACAAUUAGUAACAGAUGAAAAUGAAGUUCUUACAUUCGCGAUUGAUACAGUUGCUUCUUCAAAAGAUGAUAAGUUAGCAAAUCAAUUAAUUGAUUUUUUAUUAGGUGGAGAUGGAUUACCGAAGGAUCCCAAAUAUUUAUUUCGAUUGUAUAUGGCUAGAAAACAAUACAAAGAAGCUGCAAAAACGGCAAUUAUUAUAGCAAAUGAAGAACAGAUUAAUGGAAAUUAUAGAAAUGCUCAUGACGUUCUAUUUGGCAUGUAUCAAGAAUUAAAAAGGAAUAAAAUCAAUAUACCUUUAGAGAUGCAAAACAAUUUACAACUUUUACACUCAUAUAUUCUUGUCAGGCUUCAUGUGAAAAAAAAUGAUCAUUUACGUGGUGCUCGUAUGUUAAUAAGAGUAGCCAAUAAUAUAUCAAAAUUUCCGUCUCAUAUUGUUCCAAUUUUAACUUCUACUGUAAUAGAAUGUCAGAGAGCAGGAUUGAAGUAUGCAGCAUUUAAUUAUGCUGCAAUGCUUAUGCGUCCAGAAUACAGAAACCAAAUUGAUGUUAAGUAUAGUAAAAAGAUUGAAGCAAUUGUAAGGAAACCGCCAAAAGCAAAAGAUAAUGAAAUUGAAGAUGAACCUUUAACUCCAUGUCCAUAUUGCAAAAAUAAACUUCCAGAGACAGAAAUUACUUGCGAUAAAUGCAAAAAUACAAUACCUUUUUGUAUAGCAACAGGACGACAUAUCGUUGAAGACGAUUUUACAGCAUGUCCACAAUGUGAUUUUCCAUGUAUAAAAAGUGAAUUCUUAAGGAUCAUUGAAUCUGAGAAAACAUGUCCUAUGUGCUCGGAAAAAAUAGAUGUUAACAUGGUUUCGCCUAUUCUUAAUAUUCGUCCUUAUCUCGAUUUUCAAGAUGGAAGAUCAACAGUGAAAACUUAAAUACUUUUAACUAUAAUUCAAUAGAAAUUUAGAACAUUGAAAUGUUAUUAAUUUUUUAUCAAAUG